AUGGUCCUCCACGCCCUCAACAUGGUCCUCCACGCCCUCGGCACCUGCCCCAUCUGCACCUACCGAAGCGGCCGCGCAACGCGCAACGUCCCUCGCGCCCUCUACGCUCUCCACGAUGCGCUGGCCGCGUACCCAAUUGGCCCCAUCUCCACCGCUGGACCCUCCACCGCGAAGUCACCCUCGCCACACUCCAGGGCUGCCGCUGCGGACAGCGCAGCCAAGCUCCUGCUCGCUCUCCGCGCCCUGGAGAUCCGUGACCUCGACAUCGACGAGACGCACGACGCACUGCUUUCCUGUACGCUGGAGCUCACGCAGGUGCUGAAGGCGCCGCAAGAAGUCAUCGGCUCCGAAGGUGAAUUGGAGCGGCGGCUGCAGGCUAUUGGGCGGGCGUUGAGUAUGGAGAAGGGAUGGUACCUUGAAGAGACGGUGGGAAAGGCGAGGGAGGAGGCGCGUUGGUUGGCUGGUAAAUUGAUGAAAUGGGGAGAGAGGAGGCUGUGCGAGUCGAUGGAUUGGGAGGCGCAGCAGAGCGUGCUGAGCGUGAGUGAUGGAGGAAAGGAUCCGAAGGGGUUGCGUACGCGGGGAUGGUCGAAGGCAUUGCCGACGCUGGGGAUGGGGGAGGACAAGGCUGGAAGCAAUGUCAAGAAUGGGCUGCUGGACCUGAAUAUGGCCGCGACCGGUGUCGGCGGCGGCAACGACGAAGAGGAUCUGGACAUGAUGGACUUGAGCUGA